AUGUGCUUUAUAAGUCAGAGUCAUGGAUGUGGUGGUAUACUUAAUUCAACAACUGGUUCGCUACGGUCUAAAGAUAGUGACGGUUACGGGCGGUAUGACAAUAACCAGGACUGUCGAUGGAUUAUAGUUGCUGGUGACAAUAAUGUUAUACGACUAACAUUUACAAGAUUUCAAUUGGAAUACCACUCUGGCUGUCUUUUUGAUUAUAUCAAGAUUUACCAUGGAAUGACUGACAAAGAUCAAUUAAACGGAACCUAUUGUGGAUCUUAUAUACCACCAGUGUUUACCUCAACAUCAAACAUCCUCUACGUUCAUUUCCACACAGAUUAUUCAAGGGUUUACGCAGGAUUUAAUGCUACAUAUACUCAGCUUCCUGUCGGGUCCUCGAUUGUAAUGGAUAUCACCUGCUCUUUGCUGACAAACAUAUCACCGAAGUUAAAAAGACAG